ACCCCCAACCUUUGCUCUCAGGGCCUGGGGGCAGACAGCUGCUCUCCCCCAGCCAGGUUCCUUCCUCCAAGAAAAGGCUGCGGAGCCCUGGAACAUCUGCCAGCGUGCAAGGGCCCUGACACAAAGCCCUCGAUUGUGCUCCCAUGAAUGCCUUGGCUGUCUCUCCGGGCAGGGCAGGGCAAGCCUCACUGGGGCCCGGCCAGCAUCUCUCUGCAGCCCCCCUUCCCUCCACCCACUAGGUAGUCUGAGUUUCACCUCCACAUGCCUCUGCCCAGGCUGGGAAUCCGGGGGCACGGCUCACCUGGCUCUCCCGGACACCUUCUUGAGUUUCUAACGGGGAGCUUUGGAAUCGCAAAGCCUCGACUCACUUCAAGGAAAGGGAGAUCUGGGAUGGAGGAGCAGGCCGUGGCCCACACCACUCUCCAUGCAGAAAAGCCCCCUCCAGUGGAAUCCCACAACCCCUCCAGGAUAUUUGGGGCCACCCUCUCCAUUCUGUUGACCUGUGGAAUUAUCUGCAUCAUGGUGGCAGCAACUGUCAGCUUCACCCAGGUUUCGCCCAAGCCUCUUUCGCAGGUAAUGCGAUUAAACUUCCAGAAUCAUCCGGGAUCCUCGAUGAACCAGUCAGUGGUGGUCAGCAAGGCCAAGAAAACCAUCACCUACUACCUCACGUCUUCCGGAAAUCAAACCACCGCCAUCUUGUUUGACUGCAAGAAUAGUUACGUCUGCUAUAAGCUGGCGGGGCACAGCAAUUGUUACCUGAAGAAGAUGAAUGCCUGGGAUCAGGAUGCUGCCCAGGCUUCCUUCAACCUAUCAAAGCACAAGGAGGAUCCACCGAUGCUUCCCAGCCACGGUUCCCAAGUCUACCGGGAAUUCCUGGGGGUUGUGCCAGGGAGCCUGGUGCCACCAGCGGAGGCAGGAGAGGCUGUCCGGGCUCUGUGCAAACAGGUGCCCAUCCGCUGGGUUAAGAAGAAAGACGGUAAGUCGAUGGGCGCGGCCGUGCCAAGUCCCCCAGUGGGGUCUCUGCUCCUUCUGAGUUGCAAGUGAAGCUGAACCGUAAUUCCCCCGGUGCCAAUCAGCCGUGCCAAUGCUGGCGUUUGUUGGGAGCUGCUGGCAGCAGAGUCUCCCUUCCUGACUGAAGGCACAUAGCAAAGAGCAGCGAGGGUGGGCAUCUGGCCUCCCAUCAUUGGCACAGGCGGUUGGGGCAGGGACAUACAUGUUGGAGCACAGCUAAGUUGACUUAAUUUGCCUGAGGU